AUGGGUGCAGAGGAGGCGGUCCGGGCCCUUCUCGACACGGAGGGCUGGUCACUGAGGGAUGGCGCGAUAUUGGCCGCGAGCCAGCGCGCGCGAGGGGAUCCAGCAGCUGCCCGAGCGACGGUGCUCGAUGCUGACCUGCGCGCGGUGGGGAAGCCGAGCCUACCCCGAUGGGCGUACGGGGGUGCUCGCGAAGCGGGCGCGGGGGUGACCGGACCGAUGGUCCUGCAGGUGAUGGACGCGCGGGAUAUAUCCUCACCGAAGCGCGCGUCCGGAUCGAGCGGUCGGCGCAUGCUCCGCCUGGACCUCACCGACGGGGACGCCACGGUCGUCGCCGUGGAGUACAGGGAGCUGACCUCCGUCGAGGACGCCUCCGCGCUCGCGCCCGGGACCAAGGUGGCCGUCCCGCCCGGGGUGCGUAUCCGGUGCCAGUCGGGGAUCCUCCUCGCCCACGGCGACGCGCUGCGGGUGCUGGGCGGGAAGGUGGCCGCCCUGGCGGAGGAGUGGGAGGGCGUUCGAGCCGUCGCGGAGACGGGAGACGCCGAACAGACGGGAACAGACGCUCCGAGGUUCGAGACGUACGACCGGGAGAAGGCGGAGGCGACCGUGGCGGCGGCGGUCGCGGGACGCGCGGCGGCGAACAAAGCCGCGGCGGAGGCCAUCGCGGAGAAGAGAACCGCCUCGACUUCAACUUCAACUUCAACCGCGAGCCCUGCGCCGGAAACGGAGCGGGGGGAGGAGCCCGCGCCGUUCGUGCCGCGACGGCGUCCCGCGCUGCCACCGACCCGCGCGCAGCGAGCCGCCGCUCAGGCCGCGGGCGUGAAGCUCCCGCCUCCCGGCGCUCCGAUGCCCUCCACCCCAGAGGAGACGGCGACCGGACGGACCGUGGAGCCCGAGGGCGCGCCGGCGACGUCGCCCGGGCGGAGUCACAUCGCACAAGAAGUCAAAGAAUCCAUACCCAAAGAAGUCAAAGAAGCCAUACCCAGUCCCCCGCCCGGGUUUCGGGCCCGCGCGGCGCCCGAAGAGGAGGCGACGGCGCCGGUCGAUCCGCCGCCCGCUCCCGCUCCGGCGUUUGCGCCGACCGUCACCGAGGAGGACAGGCGAAGUCGCCUCCUGAGCCGGUUCGCCUCGGACAGCAGGGAAGGACGCGGAUCUCGGGACAGAGGCCGCGAGGACCGCGGCAGGGGCGAUCGAGAUCACGGCAGGGGCGAUCGAGACCGUGGGCGCGGCGGACGAGGCGGGCGGAGGGAAGGUGAGAGGCGGGGGGGAGGUGGAAGGCGCGGCGGCGACGAAGAACGCGACGACGGGUUCAGGACCUUGGACCGGACCGCUUCGGGAAGUCGCACGGAGGACGACGAGGCUCUCGCGCGGCAGCUUCAGAGAGAUCUCGAGCUCGAGGACUCGGGUUACGUCGCGACGGACGCCGCCGCGCUCGCCGCCAGCCUGUUUUCGUUCCCGGCGAGGGAGCAGGAACGAGAAGACUCAGGGAGAAGGGGACGGCGUUGA